GUUCGGGAAAAUUCCUGAAGCGGUACCGGCGGCUUCCGGAAGCUAGCUGCAGUCUCAACAGUAGUGCUGGUGAUUGCCGUGGUGAUUCACUUCUAGUCCCUGGUGGUGCGGUUUUCGCCGGGAAAACGGAAUGGCGCUCCUGUGUUACAACCGCGGCUGUGGCCAGCGUUUCGACCCUGAGGCCAACGCGGACGACGCUUGCACAUACCACCCAGGUGUUCCUGUCUUUCAUGAUGCCCUAAAGGGUUGGUCUUGCUGUAAGAGAAGAACAACUGAUUUUUCUGACUUCUUAAGCAUUGUAGGCUGUACAAAAGGUAGGCAUAAUAGUGAGAAGCCACCUGAACCAGUCAAACCUGAAGUCAAGACUACUGAGAAGAAGGAACUAUCGGAAUUAAAACCCAAAUUUCAGGAGCACAUCAUUCAAGCCCCUAAACCAGUAGAAGCAAUAAAAAGGCCAAGCCCAGAUGAGCCAAUGACAAACUUGGAAUUAAAAAUAUCUGCUUCCCUAAAACAAGCACUUGAUAAACUUAAGCUGUCAUCUGGGAAUGAAGAAGAUAAGAGAGAAGAAGACAGUGAUGAAAUUAAGAUUGGGACUUCUUGUAAAAAUGGAGGGUGUUCAAAGACAUACGAGGGUCUACAGAGUCUAGAAGAAGUCUGUGUAUAUCAUUCUGGAGUACCCAUUUUCCAUGAGGGGAUGAAAUAUUGGAGCUGUUGUAGAAGAAAAACCUCAGAUUUUAAUACAUUCUUAGCCCAAGAGGGCUGUACGAAAGGGAAACAUGUGUGGACUAAAAAAGAUGCAGGGAAAAAAGUUGUUCCAUGUAGACAUGACUGGCAUCAGACUGGGGGUGAAGUUACCAUCUCAGUGUAUGCUAAAAAUUCACUGCCAGAACUCAGUCAAGUAGAAGCAAAUAGUACAUUGUUAAAUGUACACAUUGUAUUUGAAGGAGAGAAAGAAUUUCAUCAAAAUGUGAAACUAUGGGGUGUGAUUGAUGUUAAACGAAGUUACGUAACUAUGACUGCGACAAAGAUCGAGAUCACUAUGAGAAAGGCGGAACCCAUGCAGUGGGCAAGUCUUGAGCUACCUACAACCAAAAAGCAGGAGAAACAAAAAGAUAUAGCUGAUUGAUUAGAGGAGAAACAGAAAUCUCUUGUCUAUUUUAGAGUUGUUAGUUCGUGUGGUGAAGUAGUUGCUUGCUGCUGUAAUCUUUUUUAAUCUUUUUGUUGUUUUUAAUCUGCCAUUUUGGGGUUAUCAUGAAGUUCUUCAAAGCCAAAGUCUGUUAAACUUUUGUGCCUCUAUAUUUCUUUUGAGUUGCAUAAUAUGAUUAUUCAAGUCUCCUCACUAGACCUAUAGUUGCUGCCCUUACACUUGAAGGGAGGGAAAGAAUCCAUAAGUAUAAUUGCAGUAUUUUUUAGUAUAAAUUAUUAUAAGCAGGAAAUGAAAAAGGAUUUUUUUUUAAAUCCUGAUAACUCCUUUUUCCCUUAAAUGGGAAAGCAAAGUGGUAUAUAAAAAUUUAAUUGGCCUUCCCAUGAACUUUUGUUACUCUAAUUUUUGAAAAUGUUUAAGGAAAAGACUUUUCUUUGUUUUUCACUAUGCAGUGGUUACUUUUUUUGUAGUACUAAUUUUAAAGCAAUGGAGUCAAACCAUCUGUGUGUACUGGCUAAGUUUAUAAUUUGUUUGCAGUUAAAUUAAUUUCAGAAAGUUGCAUCAAUACUUGCAUUACCUGGCAAGCAGUAUAAUUUAAGUCUAUAGAAAAUAAACUAAGAUUAUAGAAUUAUCAGUUUGGUUAAAAUUCAUCAUAAGAGUAAGCAAUAAUGUUAAAAUAUCUUUCCUGAUUAUUUAAAAGACUCUUUAUGGUGUUUUGACUAAAUUGUAUCUGAUUGAUAGUCUAAACACUCUAUGGAUUAUAUCUGUCUCCCUGAUGAAAAACGGUAUCUGUUAAAUUGUGAAUGUGUAGCUUUGUUGAAAUAUAUUAAGGUGUGUGUUGAGGCUUAAAUCUGAAAUGUACCUGGAGGCUUUUUUUGAACUGCUGUUCUUUCAACUUAAGGCUCUAUUUUGAAGGCUGUAAAACCUUUAGGAUAUUGAGAGGUGAGCCUUUGAGGAUUAUACACUCCUGCUGGUCUGAUCCAGUCAGGACAUAUAAACCACCUCUGUCCUAUACUCCCACUGCUGCCUCCUCAGCCAUUAUAGAUUGUAUCCUCUGAAACCGUGAGCCAAAAUAAACCUUACCUUCCUUGAGUUGUUUCUGUCAUGUGCUUUGAUCAAGACAAGAAAAGUAAUAUACUACAGGAAAAUUAUAGACUGUAUUUUAGAAUAGUUGAGUGUUAUAUGUUAACUUAAUGUAGUAGUUUAAUUCUUGGGAAUUAUUUUAAGGAUUUCAUGAAGAGUUUUACACAUAUAAUGAUUAUAUGUUAUACUUCAGUUUUGUUAAUUGUAGAUGACACAGAUAAACUUAGAUAGAUCUUAUUUCCCAAACUCUUUGGUGUUAAUGGAAUCCUCACAAAGUUUUAUUAUUAAGUAUUUAAAGUAUUGUUUUAGUUAAUAAAGAAUCUGUAUGGGGCCCUGGAGAGAAAGCUCCUUUGUGAGCACUGGUUAAUGGGUUCAAUUCCCUGCGUCUACAUGGCAACUUAGAUACUUCAAGAUAUAGGUCUUUCUGGCCUCCAUGGAUAUCAGUCAAUUAUGCUGUGCUCUUUGAUACAGCAGGCAACCUAUUUGCAUGAAUCAUCAUUCUGUUACUAGCAAAUAACUAUUAAAGAUACUAUGUACCUCUGACAACAAGUAUAAAAGAUAAUGAUCUAGCCUUCAGGCUUUGAUGAAGCAAGAACAUGCUAAAAAAAAAAAAAAAGAAAAAGAAAAGAAAAAUGGCAAUAAAAACCUGGGAUCCAAAUAGUGUUUCUAAGUUUCUAGUUAAAAGAGAAUUCGUUUAGAAAAAGAGAUCUUAUGUACUACCUGAGGAAAGAGGUUGAAACAAUUUGAUUCAGAAUAUUAUUUCUGCAUUAUUUACUUAUUGAGGUGGUUUUGUUUUCCUUUGAAUAGCAACAACUUUGCCGGGGUGUCACUUUUAGAGCAAGUAAAGUUUUCUAAGUUGAGACUUGAUUGCACAACUGUGGUUUUUUUUUUUUUUUUUUUUUUUUUCCAUAGUUGUGCAGGGGUUACAUUUGUGACCAUUUAAUUGCUGUUUCAGAACUUCUGCAUGGCAUUCAGAUAAAAAUUAAGUGAAAUUUACCUUAAACUCUAAAGCAACAGUAUUUUUAAAAAAUAUUUUACCAUCAGUUUAUUUAAAAAAGUUAAUUUAAAAAAUGCGUGUUAGCUUUUAUUUCUAUUAGAUAUAUGCCUUUCUUUUAUUAUAGCAUCAAAACAAUCAAACCUAGAUAUAUUUUAUACACAUUGUAACUUAUUAGGAGAAAUUUAAAAUGCAGUUUUUCUUGUCUAGCUUUUGCUUGCACAAAGGAAGUAAUAUCCUAAGUUGACCAAUCUUUCUUAACCUUUUAUUUUGGAAUAACUUUGUGCUGGUGGAAUUAAAAAAAAAAAAGUGCAGUUUGUUUAUAAUAAGUAUAUUGUUUCCCUGUGUUAAAAUCUUACAUGAUAUUUUAUAAAACUAAGACAUUAACCUUGAUACAAUAUUUUAAAGUAGGAGUGUUUAAUUUUAACCAUUUUACUGGAACCCUUAAAGGGUAAUAAUCCUUGAAACCUAUUUUAAAACUUAAGCCAGUGAUGUAAACAAAACAUGAAUUGAAAUCAGAUGUUUAUAGGUUGAUUGCAAUUUUUUAGAGUAAAAUACUGUCAGUACAAUGA